GCGCGGAAGCAUAUUUUGGCACAACGUUGUGUUAAGCGUUCAAUUUUACUUAGUUCAUUCAGAUUAAAUAAGUUUUUUAUAUUAUAUUAUAACAAAAAUGGUCAAAUUAACGCCGGAUUUAAUACAGCAAUCUAAGCAAUAUAUUAAUCCUGUAAGAGAUCGAGAAUUAGACUUGAGAGGAUACAAAAUACCGACAAUAGAAAAUUUAGGAGCUACUUUGGAUCAAUUUGAUACAAUAGACUUUUCUGAUAAUGAUGUACGAAAACUAGAUGGAUUUCCAUAUUUAAAAAGAAUAAAAACACUUUUUUUCAAUAAUAAUCGCAUAGUCAGAAUCGCAGAAGGUUUAGAGCAUUGCAUACCCAAUGUAGAAACUUUAAUGUUGACUGGUAAUAUGAUUCAAGAGCUUGGGGAUUUGGAUCCAUUAAUACCGCUGAAACAUCUUACAAAUUUAUGUUUAUUACAAAAUCCUGUUUCGGCAAAGCCACAAUACAGACAAUACGUCGUAUUCAGAUUUCCACAGUUGAGAUUACUAGAUUUUAGAAAAAUCAAACAAAAAGAACGAGAAGCUGCUAUUGAAUACUUUAGAAGUAAGAAAGGAAAAGAAAUGGUACGUGAAAUAGCCAAAAAAGCAAAGGCGCAAGCACCGGGAACAUCCUUGGAUAAACCUAUAACAAGUGUGGACGAGCGUAACAAAAUUAAAGAGGCUAUAACUAAUGCAACAUCUUUGGAAGAGGUACAACGACUUAGCAAGCUGUUACAAGCAGGACACAUACCCGGAGAAGAAAGACUUCAAAAUGGAAACAACACAUCUGAAGCUAUGGAAGAAGAGGAAGAUGACUGAAUUUAACAGGUUUAUACUUAUAAAUGACAGCAAAUUUUGUAAUUAACGUUUGAUCUGUAAGUAUUCAAUUGCUACCAAGGAUAUUAAUGCAAGGAUGACGACCCUUCUUUGAGUUGAUAAGAAGCUGUAUACUACACAAUUAGAGUUUCUAACAAAAUUAUAUAUAUUUGUAUAUAUAUAUAUAUAUAUAUUCAUAAAAUUUUUGUUUUUUUUUGUGGUACAAUUAAAAGAUGCAAAUAUGUUAUAUCAUGACCUUGAAGCGAUUAUGUAAAACAACAAAAACCUUUACUUUGAAGUAUUAACAAUAGUCUAAUUUAUUUCAGCAGAUUCAAAAUAAAUCAUAUCAUGCGGAA